AUGAAGACUGAAGCAAGAAUAUACGAAGAAAUAGAUGCUGCAGUGGCAUAUAUCCAGUUGCAGACUUCCACUAAGCCCAAGGUGUUGAUAGUUUGUGGCUCAGGGUUAGGCGGCAUCAGCAAAGUCAUUGACAAAGAGUUGACAAUUCCAUUCAAAGACAUUCCAAACUGGGUCCAGUCUACGGUGGAGGGCCAUGAGGGAAACCUCGUUUUUGGCAAACUCAAUGGCGUGGACGUGGUAGCAAUGGUUGGCCGUCUGCAUUUCUACGAGGGCUACAGCUUCGAAGAAACCACUCUGCCCAUAAGGGUAUGCUCUGAUCUCGGAGUAGAGUCGAUGAUAGUCACAAACGCAGCCGGUGGAAUCAACCAGACGUAUAACGUUGGCGAUUUAAUGGUGAUUAAAGACCACAUUAACUUCCCUGGGCUAUGUGGAUUUAAUCCUUUGCGUGGGGUAAAUCUGUCCAGAUACGGGCCUCGGUUUCCAGCUACGUCAGACGCCUAUGACGUGAAAAUUCGGGACUUAAUCAGACAGAGCAAUGGAGUGGAAGAACUGGUAGAGCAAAGCUCUCCAUUGAGGUUGGCUGGACGCAAAGUCCAUGAGGGCGUAUACACGUUUGUCAGUGGACCCUCUUAUGAGACCAACAGCGAGGUUUCCUUGAUCUCCAGAUUAGGAGGUGACUGUGUUGGCAUGAGUACCGUGCCAGAAGUGCUCGUUGCAAGACACUGUGGUCUAAAGGUAUUCGGACUAAGUCUCAUCACUAAUUCGUGUAACCCACAAGAUGUCACUAGUCACACAGAGGUUCUCAUGCAUGCGAGCAUUGCGUCUGCAGACGUGGAGAAGCUAGUUACUGCACUGGUAAAAUUCCUAUGA